CGCGCAUGUGUUCUUCAGUGUGAACUGCCUAAAUGGUUUCAUUUCUAUCCGAUGACAACCAUACCCACUCGUGAUUUGGGUGGGGUUUCGCUGGAGGAGCCGCGCUGGACAGUCACAAAUCUGAAGGCAGAGGCGACUCGUUUAUUUAUUCGCACGCCUCAACCGCGCCUUUGUCUGGUCGAUGCUACCCUCAAACACUUACAAUAUGCUGCAGUGUUUUUAUGGACUUGUUUAUCUUUCGGCAGUUUUAGCGUUUGCAACUCUGACAGGUGCACAAGCUGAAUGUCCUCUUCAGCUCAACCCACAGAGAGUUGUUGUGAGAUACGGCGAUUCUGUUGCAGCUAACUGUAACACUUCAGUCCUGCAUGAAGGGAUGGGAUGGGAAGCCAGUGAGGGAGCAGUGCCCAUGACCAAAGACAAUCUGAUCACAUGGAGAGUGUCAGAACUGACAGAAUGGGACAUAAAGCCAUUCUGCUUCAUAAACUAUAAAAUAGGCGAUAAGAAUCAGUGUCUAGUAGAGCUGCCAGUCACUGUUUACAAGACUCCAGACAGUGUGUUCAUCAGUGUGAAUCACAGCGGACCAAUGAAGGAGAGAGAGCCGUAUCAUCUCCAGUGUGACGUUCACAAUGUGGCUCCUGUUCAGAAUCUCACGGUCAACUGGUACAAAAGACAGACUCUGCUGCAUCAAACCACCUUCACUGGCACUAGCGAGACUCCAGUGAAUGAAACUGUCACACUCCUGAUCCGUCCAGACAGAGCUGAUGAUGGAGCUCAAUACAGGUGUGAAGCAGAGCUGGAUCUGGGAGCAGAAGGACCUCAACCUCAUCCAACAAUUUCAUCAAAACCUCUUAAUGUUGAAGUAUACUAUAAACCACAACACUCCAGUUCAACAGAGACCAUCAUUAAAGACGAUAAGGUCAUGCUAGAUUGUACAGUGAAGGCAAACCCGGCCCCUACGUACACAUGGGAUCAUCUGAAAGAGAAGAACAGCUCCUCAGAGCUCAAGUCCUCAGCACUCAGUCCAGGAAACUACACAUGCACCGCCACAAACGCUCUGGGAAGAGACAGCAAAGUGUUCAUCGUCAAAUCUACAGACAGAACCACAUUCUGGGCUAUUGUUUUAACCGGCGUGGCGGUGGCAGUGGCGUUAAUCACCUCUUAUUUGAUUUUCAAGUUUGGGUUUUCCAAGAAUUCUGUCAUUUGAUGGACAAGAGAUGACCUCAAAGUGGGACAUUCUCCUCAGGGAGAUCAUAAAAACUUGAUUAUUGUGGGUUAUUUUUUAAAGGAAUAGUUCACCCUAGGGCCAUCCAAGAUGUAGAUGAGUUUGUUUCUUCAU